CGACGUCAUCACGAGCAAAGGAACCACGCGCGCGGGGAAGUGAAGUGUCACGCCGAAGACCACGAAGCCAGCUCAGAGGGUGUAACAACACUAACAGGGAGGGAUUCAAGUUGCACCACCGGCCCAAAGAUGCGAAAGUGUCUGCCGCCAGACCCCCAUUGAAUGUGCCAGAAUGUCUCCACAAUUUACCGGCGAUGACAGACAGGACACAGAGAUGUAUGGAUAACCUGCAGAUGCAUUUGCAACGAUAAAGUCAACGAAAUCACAAAGGUGCAGUCAUGUCCAACACAGGCCCCAUGCGCUUCAUCCUCAAUGCCCCCCAACCCUCCACGCCAGUCAUAGUGGGCGUAAAAGUGCUCCUGUGCAUCGUCCCCAUCGCGCAGAUCGCCGUAGGUGCGGCGCACCUGGGCGAUUGCCCCCGCCAGCACCUCAUCCCCGUCUACCUGAUCAUCGUGGGUCUCUUCUUUGCAAUGCUCGUGCUGAUGGUUUGCCUGCCCUGUGCACGGCAGCCGGAAAACGAGCCGCCAAACCCCCUGUGCCUGUUCUGCCUGGGCUGGACGGCGCUCAUGGCGUUGUUCCUCAUCGCCUGGUUCAUCGCCGGUAACGUGUGGAUCUACUCCAUUUACGAGCCCAACUACUACAAGAACGUGACAAGUCCGGAGCCCUACUGCGACAAGACGCUCUACCUGUUCGCCUUCUGGACCACAACGCUGGUCUACAUCCUGGUCAUUUUGGUGGUGGGGAUCGGCUUUCUCGUCCUGUUCUGUCGUUACUUGUGCGGCCACGCCGACCCUGAUGACGACUACAUUUAGAAAGACCUUCCACCAAACACGAGGGCUGCCAAGGCAUCAUGACAUCAUGGUCGCUCUAUGAACUCCUUAAGCUGAAGCAUUAAUGGCAGCCGCUUGCUAGCUUUAGACAUGAAAAUGUCAGAUUAUGACCAAUAUCAGUUAUUAUUAUCACAGUAUUGUUGAAUGUGCUUGAAAAGUACUCAUAUACACACUGAAAUCUUUUAACCAAACUUAAAAUACAUACAUCUGUUUUGUAUUCAUGUUAAUAUUUAAGCUAACCUGCAAUUAGAUAAAUAAAUGGCUUCGUUGUUUAAAAUGUGUUAAUCAAAUAGUUGGUUAUUGCCUUUUUUAAACGACGAUACAAACCAGUAUCAGUAAUUAGGGCUGGCCUUUUAUUAAUAUCUCGAUAUUUUUAGGCCAUGUCACAAUACACGAUAUAUAUCUCCUUAUUUUGACUUAGCCUUGAAUUAACACUUGAUGCAUAUAAUCACAGCAGUAUGAUGAUUCUAUGUGUCUACAUUAAAACCUUCUUCAUACUGCAUUAAUAUAUGCUCAUUUUAAACUUUCAUGCAGAGAAGGAAAUCACAACUAAGUCAAUUUAGCCAAACUGUAUUCAUUAAACAGUUAUUAAGCAAGGGCACAAACAUUCAUGUCAUUUCCAAAACAGGAAGUGCAAUAUUAUCAGUGACAAGCUGUUAGUGCAUUUUUGUGCAUGAUGUCACUAAAAUGACAUAUCAAAACAACACUGAAUUAAAGUUUACUUUUUGUACAGAACGCCACUACAAUAGUUCAAAACAAAUAAAGUGCACUUUUGUGCAUGAUGUCACACAAGAUAUUUCAAUAAGUGUCAAAUAAAAAUGAGCUGCAUAAUGGAAAAUCAAAUAGUAUAUGUCCUUCGCUAUGUGGUAGGUUCCUGCGGACGUUAUUUCCUUCUGUUGUUGACUUUUUUUUUUUAAUAUGGUGUUGAUUUGGAAAUGGUUGCUUCAGCAUUUUGUGGGUGUGGCACCGGUCGGAGAUGUUUACAUACAGAGUUUCAAGCGCUCCUUAUUUUCUAGCGGGAGACUUUUCAAAUCAUGCUACAAAUUAGCAGUAUUGCUACUUUUUGUAGCAACGCUUUUGCCGCAUACUUAACAUAUUACGGUUGUCUGUUCAACAUCUUCCCGCUUGAAGCCAAACCACCGCCAGAUGAUGGACCCCCUGCUUUUUUUCUUGGGAAGUAAUUCUUCCUUCAUUUGUUACCAGAUUCGCACCUUAUUUCUCUUGUAUUACCACUCGCACCUCUCCGCUUGCACCACAGCUAACUUUACCCAUUUGGCUACCGCUCUGCUCCGCGAGGGCGUAUGACGUUGCACAGUAUGUGAUGUAUGUAAAAAGAUGCCCUUGUUUUAUCUAUCUGUGAGAAAGAGAUACAAGAAAGAGUGAUAAAGACCUGCCAGCAGCUAAAAGCAACUGCAUGAGAACGUAUACUCGAAUACUCACGAUAUAGUCAUUUUCUAUAUCGCACAGAGACAAACCCACGAUAUAUCGACUAUAUUCGAUAUAUCGCCCAGCCCUAGCAGUAAUCAUUACAAAGUUCCUAAUGGGAACUGUAUGGUAAUCCUUACACAUCUUUGGAGAAUUUUCCAGGUAUUUUAAGUCAAAGCAUAAUAAUUUUGUAACAUGAAUAAAUGUUUAAGGUACGAAGUGGUAAAAUAAGCUACUUUUUUAAAAGUUUUAUUUUGUUAAGGCAGGAAGUGUUCUGCUGUUCUUGACGGUUAUGUUUUUUGAGUGAAGACUGCACCAAGCUGUGGCGAAAUAAAGAGUCCAUGUCAGCGGUCA